CUAUUUGUGUAGUGGUGCUGAGUUGGAAAUGAAAAAAGUUGACAUUGUCUAUUGCUCUUUCUCAUUCUAGCGGGUCUCUUAGACAUGGUGACUCAGCAAAAACUAAUUACUUUUCGCAUGCCAAAGAUUUCUCCGCUAACUUCUAUCUUGAAGAAGGAAACCCGUAUGCCAAAAAUUUCUCUGCAACUUUCUUCAAAGCUCGAAUUGAAGCAUCCAGGAUUGCAUUGGAGCACAAAUAAAAUUUUCAAUGUGUGUGUAUCCACGCCAGCUUCACAGGCCUUCUACGUUGAAGCUAGAGCCUGUUGUCUACACCUUUGCACGGGUGGAAAGAAUCUAGAGGAAGACGUGGUUCGUGCUUCCUUUAUUAUUUUAAAUCAUAAAUUAUGCCCAUGGAUAUUUUUUGUAAUAUUACUUUGUUUUAGGCAUGCGUGCCUACAUUUUGUCAUAUGUGGCUUAUGAUUGACCGUUGAAUAUUUUCCGCUAUUCAUUCAAGUUGUGAUGUGAUAUUGUUAUAUAUGUUUACUUACUGAGUAUGGUGUGAACGAUGUUCAUGAACGCCUUGUGUGAUUAAGUGAGGUUGACUUGCGAGUGACGUCACUUGAUCACACGGCGGAUGUACACGCGCUUAGAUGCACUUUGGGGCGUGAUAAUUAAGUGGUAUCACAGCCAUCUCAGUUUCUAAACUAUGUAGUCAACCUCUCACAUGAGAUUUUACAAAAGAGUUUUACCGAAAACCAUGAGC